CAAAGGAGGAGGAGAGGUGCACUUAUAUAGAAGGAGAGGGAGAGUCACAAGGGAUUACAUACCAUAGAACAAGCAUGAUUUGUCAUCAUGUUCUUUUCUUUCUUGAAGCUCCUAGUUUCUCCUCUGGUCUUUGUAAUUCCAAAAAAAGGAAAAAAAACCUAGCUAUCGUUUCGACAUUUUUCGAUUUGUUCCCCUUGUUGGUCCUGUGUUGGUUUGAGAGGUUGAAGCUGCCAGCAUGAUCUGGUAAAGAUCCCAAUCACUCUUUAUCAAAUUCUUUUUGCUCUUCCAUAUAUGGGUAGGUAGGUAUACAUACAGAAGCUGGAUUGAUAUUUUUUUGCUUUUACUUGUUUUGGCCCAAAACCCUUGAAUCCUUUUUAUAAGUUUCUGAAUCAAUUUUGUACUCAAGAAUGGUUUUGGAAACACAGAUUAAUAAUCCAUUUUCUAAAAGGGGUUUUAAGUUAGCAGUGGAUUUAGAGGCCUAAUUAGGACUUAAUUAGGCUGUUUUAGAUAUAAAUGGUUCCAUCAGGUCAUCUAGCAGCUUCAAUCACUCACUCACCAACAAAUUAAUUAAAACAAGAACUUCUUAGAGAUGGAUGCAUUAUACUCUUCAAGUUUUCUCUGAGGAAAGUGGAAACUGCAACUUCUGCACUAAUUGCGGGUAAAUCUUCCCUACUUCUCGAAUUCUUUUUUGUUCUUAAAUGCUGAAUCGAAUCUGCUAUCAAGUCUCUCUCUUUUUGUGCCUUCAUGUUUGUCUUGACUUCAGUGGUAGCUAGCAUACGGCCAGAAUCAACCUGCAGAACAAAUCCCAAAACUCAAAAAAGACACAAGAUGGUUAGAAAGAAAAAUAGCAUACUCAUGAUGUAUCAUGUUUCAGGACUUCUCUUUAUGGAUCUUGAGUAUCUAAUGCUUUGUGGUGUAUGUACAAACCUUGCUACUUCUUCUUAUUCUUUUUUAUUUUUUUUUUUAAUUUAUUGGUCGAAUUCGAGUUAGGAGAUAGAAUAGAAGAAGAGUGAUUUG